AUGAAGCUCUUUCUAAGUCUCUGUAUUUUCUCUUCCGUCAUCUUCAUAUCUCUCCCAUCUUCUUACAGCUGCACCUCAGCUGACAAAAAUGCCCUCCUUCAAAUCAAGAAAGCCUUUAACAACCCUCCGCUCCUCUCCUCCUGGAACCCCCGAACCGACUGCUGUACCAGCUGGACCGGCGUCGAAUGCACUAACAGCCGCGUCACAUCCCUCACCAUCUCCUCCGGUGAACUAUUCGGCCAGAUUCCGAACCAGAUCGGCGACCUCGUUAACCUCCGUACACUUGAUUUCAGCUACCUGACCCAUUUAACCGGAAACAUCCCUCACACCAUCACCAAACUCAAGAACCUCGACAUCCUCCGUUUAAAGCAGACCAACCUCUCUGGUCCAAUUCCUGAUUACAUCAGCGAGCUCAAGAGCGUUACGUUCUUGGACCUUUCCUUUAACCAAUUUACCGGUCCAAUUCCCGGUUCGCUUUCUCAGAUGCCGAAGCUUGAGGCCAUUCAGAUCAACGAUAAUAAGCUAACCGGUUCUGUACCCAACUCCUUCGGUUCCUUUGUAGGCAACGUCCCCAAUCUCUACUUGUUUAACAAUAAGCUAUCAGGAAACAUACCGGAAUCUUUGUCAAAAUACGACUUCAACGGGGUAGAUCUGUCGGGAAACGGUUUCACCGGAGAUGGUUCGAUGUUUUUCGGACGGAACAAAACAACAAUACGAGUGGAUCUGUCGAGAAACAUGUUUCAGUUCGAUCUGUCCAAGGUUAAGUUCGCUAGGAGCAUUGUUUCGCUGGAUCUGAGCCAAAACCGAAUCUUCGGGAAGUUUCCUAGGGAGCUGAGUAAGCUACGCCUCGAGCAUUUCAACGUUAGUUACAAUCGUCUCUGCGGCAAAAUCCCACGUGGUGGUCUCCUUCAGACCUUUGAACCAUCUGCCUUCUCUCACAACCUCUGUCUUUGUGGGACCCCACUUAAGUCUUGUUAA